UUAACUCCCAAUUAGUGAAAAAUGAGAAACCUUUCAUCUGUGGGGCAUAUGACCUGACUCCUGUGGGGCGUGUGAGUUUUUUCACAUUUUAUUCUUCAAAAUUAAAGUUUUUGAUUAAAUAAUCCAGUGAAACUGGCUGUUACAUUAAUAACUUUAUGCAUGCAUGCGAUUUACAAGAUUUCUUCAAAAUAUUUUUACUUUAUAGUGCUGACUAGGAUUUCAUAAUCUUGACUUUUGAACUAAAACAGCGAUCUAAAUCCAUAUCAAAUUAAAUGCCACUAUUUCAAAUAACAGGAAGUGUAGGACUUAUAUUUUUUUCAAAUAAAUUGAAAAGAUCUAACAACAUUUUCAAAAUUUGGAAUCACAGGACAUACUUUUAUAAAACCCGUUCAUCUGUGGGGCACCUUGCAUCUGUGGGGCAUACACCCGUAUCGUGUGGAGUAUUUUGCUGAAUUUGUAAAUUCGGGGAUUAGUUAUUAUUGAUAUUAUUCAACUGUAUGAUAUCAUAUUACAAACAGAUUUGUUUUAUAAAGUUAACAUUUAAAUGCGAUUUACAUUGUUAAUAAUUUAUGUACUUUGGUUACGUGGUGUGAAUAUUAGUAAGUUUUAAUUUUAUGUUACUAUAACUAUUAUUUUAGCUUGGUCGUUCCUUUCGAAUAUAAUAAACUUUUGAGCUAGAGUCAUCGUUUUUAAAAUUAGAGACCGUAGUUAAUGAAAUAAGGUUCAAAAUUAUAAAUUUUGAGAUACCGUCCGGGCGGUUUAACUGGGCAAAUAUUUGUGAUUUUCAUUGGAUAAUGCUCGUGGUCAAUGCCAAAUUCUUUCACGAUCGAAUUUUAAAUAAAUGUACUUUAUAUAUCUCUUAUAUUUCGAUACCUCAGAAUGUCUAAAGACUGUAAACAAGAGAUCAAAUCAGAACAAGUGGAGAUCCCAGAAAAGUCGAACGGUUUCCUCUGCCCAAUGUGUGGAGCACAUUACUUUCCAGAAGACUACUUUGUUGAGCACAUCAAAGAACAUAAAACAAUAUCAAAUUGUACAAUAAAACAAGAACUUACAUCUGAUUCAGAUGAACCAUCUAUUUUUAUCUGUCCAGUUUGUGCUGAACAUGUUUACUCAGACACUCAGUUAAUAGAACAUGUAAGGCAGCACCAUGAUCAUAGCAGCCCAGAAGUACCUGACUACUUUGAUACUUCAGAUAACUUGACUGGAACAGAUCCUCAGAGGACAUUAGUUCUGUCUCCUAGUGAGAGUCUGCCUGUGAGACCAUUUAGGUGUUCACAGUGUACAUUCAGUGCAGCAUCUUCGAGAACACUUAUAGAACAUCAAAAGAUUCACUCUGAAGAGAAACCUUUAAAAUGUUCAGAGUGUUCAUAUGCUACAAAACGAGCAGGUGAUCUUACUGUACAUAUGAGAAUUCACUCAGGUGAGAAACCCUUCAAGUGUUCUGAGUGUUCAUAUGCUACAAAACAUGCAGGUAAUCUUACUAAACAUAUGAGAACUCAUUCAGGCAAGAAACCCUUCAAGUGUUCAGAGUGUUCAUUUGCUGCAAGACAAGCAGGUAAUCUUACUGAACAUAUGAGAACUCACUCAGGUGAGAAACCCUUCAAAUGUUCUGAGUGUUCAUUUGCUGCAAGACACGCAUGUAAUCUUACUGUACAUAUGAGAACUCACUCAGGUGAUAAACCCUUCAAAUGUUCUGAGUGUUCAUAUGCUACAAAACGAGCAGGUGAUCUUACGGUACAUAUGAGAACUCACUCAGGUGAGAAACCCUUCAAGUGUUCUGAGUGUUCAUUUGCUGCCAGAAACGCAUGUAAUCUUAAUAGACAUAUGAAAACUCACUCAGGUGAUAAACCCCUUAAACUCUUCAAAUGUUUUGAGUGUUCAUUUGCUGCAAGACAAGCAAUGCUUCUUACUAGACACAUGAGAAGUCACUCUGGGGAGAAAUGAUUCAAAUGUUCCAGAGGUCCUAUACUGCAAGAAAAAUGAGUGAUCCUACAAGAAAAAUUAGAAUCCACUAUGGUGAGAAACUAUAUUGGCAGUCCUGCAAGAUGUUGUUCAGUUCUUGAUAAGAUGUGCCAGUAUGAAAGUUUCCCGGUUUACCAGAUUUGUAUCAAGAAAACUCUCAAAUGUUGGACUUGAUCGACCUUGGUAACCACAAAGAAUCCAAGAAACUAGUAAUAGUUGGCAACACACAUCUGUACUGGAAUCCUGAAUACCACAUAAUAGCACUAUUCCACAUACACGCCCUGUGUAGCAAGAUCCAGACUGUUAGGGAGGUUUAUCAGAAGCAGGGGGAGGGUGUCAGUGUGGUUAUUUGUGGUGAUAUGAACUCUCAGACAACCAGUUUAGUUAAUGCUUAUCUCACUGAUGGAGUGGUCUCGCAGGUCGAGAAUGGGGACGAAUUGCAAAACUUCUUGCAUAAAAAUGUUCGGAAUCCUUUAAAACUUACUCUGGCCCGGGGUGAACCAAACUACACAAACUAUACUGCUGACUUUAAAGACGUUAUAGAUUAUAUCGUGUGUGAUGAAAAUUCAACGGUUGGCCACGUGACUCCAUCUCCAAAUCUGUCUGAUCUGGAGGAAAGUGAGGGAUGUCGUAGUGCUAUAUUCCCCUCUGAUCAUCUUCCCAUUAUAUCUGAUAUCUUAUAUCUAUAUAUUACUUGGAGAUACUGAUUAAAUCUUAACUACUUUUAGCACUUUCUGUGAAAUAUUACUUCCAUCUUUGAUCGUGUAUGGACUAUUUUGUUGAAUUUGUAAAUUCGGGGAUUAGUUAUUAUUGAUAUUAUUCAGUAUGAUAUCAUAUUACAAACAGUUUUGUUUUAUUAAGUAAACAAUUAAAUGUGAUUUACAUUAUUAAUAAUUGAUGUGCUUUGGUUACGUGGUGUGAAUAUUAGUAAGUUUUAAUUUUAUGUUACUAUAACUAUUAUUUUAGCUUGGUCGUUCCUUUCGAAUAUAAUAAACUAUUGAGCUUAAGUCAUCGUUUCUAAAAUUAGAGACCGUAGUUAAUGAAAUAAGGUUCAAGAUUAUAAAUUUUGAGAUACUGUCCGGCCGGUUUAAUUGGGC